UGCAACAGGAAACCCCGUAGCGGCUUUCUGAGGGCACCCAAGAUGGCCGAAUGUUCACAGUGGGGCUAAUAAUUACUUUUCUUCAAGACGCUGCUAUUUGUUUGUGCUCGAAGGUCGCGCCAACGAUUUGACGUCCCGGAAAGUAAAACGAGCGAGUCUAUUUGAUUAGUUGAAUCGGAAAAUGUGGAUUUUUGUGUAAAGAGACUGGCUGGUCCCUGCGCGGCCCUUAGCCAGAAUAUGGCGGAAUACUUGGAGAAAAUAUAGCGUAGCUUAUUAUGAACGCGGCGUUUUAUACACGACUCUUCAUAAAUUUUCAUUGAAUGCGAGCGAGUAUAAUGAUCAAAUAGUGCUAUCGGUACGUCUUUGGAGUUUAUUCGCGUUCGGUUUUCUCAUUUCUGGGUUAAAAUGACUCGCGCGAAGAGAUAGCCUGCUAGCGAAUGUGCUAGCUGAGCUAACCCAGUUUGACUGAAUUAGUCGCAGCGUUAGCUUAGCAUAACUAGCUAAAAGUAAGUAAGUAAAAUAACACAAAUUGCAUUCGUGUUGUGUCUGCAUGUUUUUGAGACAAUUUCUCACCUUUCGUCCAACUUAGAAACGGAAUAGAAGUUUCCGUAGCCCGGGCAAAAUAUUUCAAAAUAUUGGGUAUGUUGUGGAGAGUCUCGGCUGCAGACAGCAGCUAGCUGACCAUCGCCAGACUGGUCAGAAUAUUUCAUUUGAUAUACUUGGGUUUACUGUAAUAGAUCCACAACAACACAUUGCAACAGGUUGCAAGUAAAUGCUAAAUAGUUCGCAGAUUUGUGCAUCUCAAAGUCUAAAGGCAGAAUCUGUUGCAUUUUGCAAGGCGAGGAUUUUGAAAUUUAUUUAAUCAAGGGAAAACCCUCGAGAGUUACUUGCAAGGAUGACUGACACUCGUAGACGAGUAAAGGUGUAUACUCUGAAUGAGGAUCGCCAGUGGGACGAUCGGGGCACGGGACAUGUGUCGUCUGCCUACGUGGAGAGGUUGAAAGGCACGUCUCUCCUGGUGCGCGCCGAAAGUGACGGGUCACUGCUGCUGGAGUCAAAAAUCAACCCUAACACCGCCUAUCAGAAACAGCAGGAUACAUUAAUAGUGUGGUCUGAGGCUGAAAACUAUGACCUGGCUCUCAGCUUCCAAGAAAAGGCUGGUUGUGACGAGAUCUGGGAGAAAAUAUGUCAGGUCCAGGGAAAGGAUCCCUCUGUAGACAUCACCCAGGAACUGAUAGAUGAGUCUGAAGAAGAGCGCUUUGAUGAUAUGUCUUCUCCUGGCCUUGAACUCCCACACUGCGAGCUUUCCCGACUGGAGGAAGUGGCUGAGCUGGUGGCAUCGUCUUUACCCUCUCCACUACGGCGGGAAAAACUGGCCCUAGCUCUGGAGAACGAGGGCUACAUACGCAAGCUGCUGGAGAUUUUCCGUGUUUGCGAGGACCUGGAAAACAGAGAAGGCCUGCAUCACCUCUACGACAUCAUCAAAGGCAUUUUCCUCCUCAAUCGUACAGCGCUUUUCGAAGUCAUGUUUUCUGAAGAAUGCAUCAUGGACGUGAUCGGAUGUUUGGAGUUUGAUCCGUCGCUGCCCCAGCCACGAAGACAUCGAGAGUUCCUGACCACCACGGCGCGGUUUAAAGAGGUCAUUCCCAUUUCAGACCCAGAGUUGCGACAGAAGAUUCACCAGACGUAUCGGGUGCAGUACAUUCAGGACAUGGUGCUUCCCACCCCUUCUGUGUUUGAAGAGAACAUGCUCUCCACCCUCCACUCGUUCAUCUUCUUCAACAAGGUGGAGAUUGUUGGCAUGCUGCAGGAUGACGAGAAGUUUUUGACUGAGCUCUUUGCACAGCUAACUGAUGAAGCCACAGAUGACGACAAACGGCAUGAACUGGUAAAUUUCCUGAAGGAGUUUUGUGCGUUCUCCCAAACGUUACAACCACAGAACAGAGAUGCAUUUUUCAAGACACUGUCCAACAUGGGAAUCCUGCCAGCGCUGGAAGUUAUUCUUGGCAUGGAUGAUGUACUGGUUCGUGGAGCGGCCACUGAUAUCUUCUCCUACUUGGUGGAGUACAACCCUUCUAUGGUGCGAGAAUUUGUUAUGCAGGAGUCUCAACAGAAUGAUGAUGACAUUCUAUUGAUAAAUCUGAUCAUUGAGCAUAUGAUCUGUGACACGGAUCCAGAGUUGGGCGGAGCUGUACAGUUGAUGGGGCUGCUCAGGACACUAGUGGACCCGGAGAACAUGCUUGCAACUGCUAAUAAAACGGAGAAGACUGAGUUUUUGAGUUUCUUCUAUAAGCAUUGCAUGCAUGUGCUUUCUGCUCCGCUUCUUGCCAACACCACAGAGGAGAAACCCAGCAAAGAUGAUUUUCAGACGUGUCAGCUGUUGGCUCUGAUUGUUGAGCUCCUCACGUUCUGCGUGGAGCAUCACACGUAUCACAUAAAGAACUACAUCAUCAACAAAGACAUCCUCCGCAGAGUCUUGGUGCUCACUGCAUCUCAACACGCUUUCCUAGCCUUAUGCGCUUUGCGUUUCAUGAGGAAAAUCAUUGGUCUGAAGGAUGAGUUUUAUAACAGAUACAUUAUGAGGAACUUCCUGUUUGAGCCAGUGGUCAAAGCUUUCCUAAACAAUGGAUCCAGAUACAACCUCAUCAACUCAGCCAUCAUAGAGAUGUUUGAGUAUGUCAGAGUGGAGGAUGUGAAAUCAUUGACAGCUCAUAUCAUAGAGAACUACUGGAAGGCGCUGGAAGACGUAGAUUAUGUUCAGACUUUUAAGGGACUGAAGCUUCGAUACGAACAGCAGAGAGAAAGGCAGGACAACCCUAAACUUGACAGUAUGCGGUCGAUUCUGAGAAAUCACCGUUUCCGGCGGGACGCACGCACACUUGAAGAUGAGGAGGAGAUGUGGUUUAACACGGACGAAGAGGACUUGGAGGACGGUGAAGCUGUGGUGCCGCCCUCAGAUAAGAUGAAAAGCGAUGAGGACCUGAUGGAUCCCAUCAGCAAGUUCAUGGAGAGAAAGAAACUGAAAGAGUCGGAGGAGGUGUCGAAGGAGGUGUUGACAGGGAAGUCAAGCCUCUCAGGACGGCAGAGCCCUAGUUUUAAACUUUCUUUCUCCAGCUCUCCCAAGGCCAGUCUUUCUCCUCCAACGGCAUCCCUUCACCCUGGUUCACCUGGUUCGCCAAGCUCACCCGGGACAGGAGCCCGGAGCUCACCCCCUACGGCAGCUGUCACCACUAAGGGAGGUCUGGUGGGGUUGGUGGACUAUCCCGAUGAUGAUGAAGAGGACGAGGAUGAGGAAGAUGCAGACAGUAAAGAAGAAAGUCCUCCUCUGUCCAAGAAAUCCAAGCUGAGCUCCUAAAGCACUCCCUCUUCAGUCAGCAAAGUAAUGCUCAACGGGAGCUUUAUCCAGAGACUAUUGCAGCGCUCAGCCUAGAACUCAAAACUGAAAUAAAAUGAAUGAAUACACAAAUGAAUGGAUAAAUGAACGAACGCAGCCCCCCCCCCCGCAGGAGUCCAUGGGGCGCCAUGUGAGGAAGGGAGAGCAAGAGAGAGAGAAAAGAUACGGUCACGGAGCGAAAAGGUGAACAUCUCCAUGCGUGGAGUUUGUCCAAGUGCCAAUCUGAGAGAGAACAAGAGACUCGUCAAACGAAUGGAGAGAGCGAAGAUAAAACCGUGGUUUGGACGAAUAAUAAAGGAUUUCUUAAAAAUGUAUUUCGACUAAGCUAAAAGUACUGGGGGGUAAAAAAAACCUCACGCGCACUCACUCACAGACUCUCAAAACUGUUGCUCCACAAAGCGUCCCAGGCUUGGACCAGGACACACUGCCCCCCCUCUCAGGGAAGGACCUCACAUGACCCGAUUGGGCCAGCCAAUCCACAUCCUCCACUCACCUUUGCUGACUCCAUCUCCAUUUCUUUCUCUCCUUCCUCUAGCCCUUUUCUGUUGUCCUUUCUUUCUUGAUUUGUUUCCUUUUUUGAGUUUCUAGGGCCAGGUGGGACACUAGGGAGCAAAGAGGUCUGGGUCGUCAUUGUUUAUGAUGUCACCGUUGUUCUUGUGGCUCAGCGGAAGUUCUUCCUCUCUCAAAGCCAGCAGUUUCCCCCCUUUUCUCAUUCAGUUCUUCUCUCCUCUCAGUUUUUUUAAUGACAAAAGAGACCUGCCUUUAAUGUUCAGGAUGUUUUCAGCCGCACUUGAACAGGUUUUUAAAACCUCAGUGGGGGAGAUAGUUUUACCCUUUUUUUGCCCUUCAAAACUGCAGAUUUUUUUGGAAAAUUUGUAAGCCCGUCUUGAUUAAAGAUUGAGUGGAACUCUAGAUGUGAUCGAUUUUUGUCAUAUCUUAAUUUUUCCUUUUACAUGAGUGUACUCUUUAGUUGUUCGGUAUAUUUGGGACCAUUAAAAAGAUCUUUGCUGUAGUAGACCUCUCAAGGUUGUGCUGGUUCCCUGUAUCAUGCAACUGUGUCUUUUGAAAUGGGGUUUCGUCACUGAGAUAUUUUCAGCCUCAUGUCUGCUUAGUCUGAAUACAUCAGUGGAGGAGUCUUGCUGAACAACCUGCACACAAUUAAAGAUAACAGUUUUUAUUUUCUGAAUUAUCAUU